GCAUUCUAUCUUAGAACAUAGUGCAGAAAAUAUCAAUCAAUAUGGGCGCCCUGAGAACACCUCUAGUAUGCAAAUUCUUGCUGAUCAGCCUCAUCCUCGUUGGAUUGUCAUCAAUCUCCAUUGCCAACGCGAAGGUCUACGUAGUUGGUGGUACUAAGCAAUGGGGUUUUUCUUCAUACGCUAAAUGGUCUACUAGUAGAUCAUUCCGUGCAGGAGAUAUACUUGUUUUUAAGUAUCCUGUUGGAACACACAACACCGUCCGCACCACUAAAUUUGGAUAUAGAAGUUGCAAAGCUACUGCAAGGGAAUCAGCCAAGGCAUUGUCGACAGGAAAUGAUAAGUUUAAACUGACAAAAGGAAAUAAUUACUUCAUCUGUGGCAUAACAGGACACUGCUCUGCAGGCAUGAAGAUCAAUGUUUUUGCCAAGUAGAAACAAAAUAGAUGAUGCUGAGUAACUUGAGUUCACAAGCUCGUUCUCAACGGUUUUAUUACCAAAACAUAAUCCUUCCUUUAGAACUAUACUAAAGGUGGAUAAAUGCCCGUUUUUCUCUACUCAUUGGUGAGUAUGUGCUAUGUGCCAGUAUUGUAAUCCGAAUAUGAUAUUUUCCCUUUUGAGAGAUAUCUGAAUGAAUGAAUGAAUUUGGUCUUUCA